GGCAUAUGAUCUUUAUAAUUUCAUUGUAUAUAUUGGUCUUAGCCAACUCCCAGAGUUGUUCUCACGAAUUUAAAGAUGCCUACAAGCCUGUUGCCAGUAAAGACGGAGAUUUCAUUAUUGCUGGAAUCUUUAAUGUUGGAAAGGUUGGGACUAGACUUGAACUAGAAGAUGGUGCAAGUAUGGCCACAAAGAAUGUUACAUAUUGUGCUUAUGCGGAUGCCAAACAAUGGGGAGUACAGAAAAUGUUGGCAAUGAGGGACGCGGUAGAGAUGGAAGGGCAAAAAUUAAGAAAAAUCAAUGCAACACUCGGCUACCAGAUAUAUGACGCAUGCAACAGCUACGCUGUAACCAGCAGAAUAGCAGGUGCCAUUGCCAAUAACAAGAAAGUUGUUGGAGUUUCUGCUGUUGAUUAUAAAAGCUUAGUGAAGUUUUCAUCACAACAUAUUGCCUCGUAUGAGAUUCCAAUUUUCACAUACAUGUUUACUGAUGAUGAAAUGAUGACGAAUAACAUCUUUCCGUCAUUAUUUUCUAUGAUAGACUCAGAAGAAAAUGAAGGAAAAAUCAUAAUCAGUUUUCUAAAACUCAUGGACUAUCGCUAUAUGGAUAUCUGGUACCACAAAUUCUCUAAAGAAAUGGCUCAUUACAUUUGGGACAAUUAUGUGCAGAAAGUUGAAAAUGGCUGUGGCAGAAUAGCAGAGGUAACCUUAACAUCGGAUUUUUACAAAAUAAAGGAGAAGUACAAGCAGUCAGGAGGAAACUCGUCCCAAGUCCAGUUGAUCUUGUCCAACAGUAAAGCAACCACUACCAGCAUGCUGAAGCACAUGACUGAAGAACUUAGUUUCCAUAACAAGAUUUACAUUUUGGGUAUUUCAAAUGGUCGAAAGAGUUUUCUUAAACACUAUACCACUGUGAUAAAUAGUGAUGAGUCCCAAAACAACACUCUGGUUCUUCCUUUGGCACCACUGUUGAAUAUGGAGCUACCACAGAUGAAUACGAAGCUCAAUGCAAAGUGGCAGCCAAAACAAGAAAAAAUUGACUUGAUAUACCGAGAAAUACAAAGGAAAAUAGGCUGUUUUGAAAGUCCUGGACACUGCUUUGAUCAAACUACCAGUUGGUUACCUUACGUCAUUGGAGGAAUCAAAGUUAUCAUAAACUCGUUGCAUGAGAUUCUUUUAAUCACUGAUGGUCCAGUUUGUAUCAAUGACAUGAGGAACAGGAUUUUUAAUAUGAUUGAAGACAACAGCAGGAAAUUCCCAGUUAACUUUGAAUCCAACGUUUCCUAUGACAUGCUCUUUAAAGACCGAGCCUUGCAUCUUGGCUAUGACAUUGGUAUUUAUCAAAGCAGGAUGGACAACUUUAAUAUCCUAGGAAAAGCACAUUCAGAAUCACUUACAUUGAACGGAACUAAUAAAACAUUACUAGAAAAUAUUUCAAUCUACAACAAAACAUGUUCAGAAGACUGCACACCGGGAUUCUACAGAUAUUAUGAUAAUCAUGAGGCACUAUCAUUCUGUUGGACUUGCCAGCCCUGUGCUAAAAACACUAUCACCACUGAAACAAAUGCUGGACAGUGUGAACCAUGUGGUCUUGAAGAGUGGUCGACAUUCAACAACACCUGCACACAAGUAGCAGAGUUAUACAUUUCAGUAAACUCUGGCUACUUUCUUGUGGGGGCUGUGACUGCUGGAGUUUCUAUAAUGGCAACCAUCAUACUUGGUAUCAUCGUCAAGCGCAAUGAAAUAAGACCCAUUGUAAAGGCAUGUGACAAGGAGUAUCUUUACCUAAUGCUGUUCAGCUUGACAUUGGGAUUUGCAGCAAGUGUCAUCCCAUUACUGAAGCCAACCAGCUAUUCCUGCUCUGCCGAAUAUCUUAGCCGAAUUCUGGUCUCGAGUCUGAUAACUACAAAUUUGGCAUGGAGAUCCAUUAUGGUGUACAGAAUAUUCACUGCAGAUAGGAUAUUAGAACACAGAAGCUUUGGAACCAUCAAAAUCUUGAUCUUGAAUAUUGUUAUUUUGGUUAUUGUUAUCUCCUUUGGUUUGAUAGAUGUCCUUGUGGUAGGGCCUUCGUGGUACAUUCAUAGAACACAAGAAAGAGAUCAUGAGCCAAUGUAUCUAAUAUGUAAAAGCCAUGGGGUAGGAGCUACAGGACUGUUUGCAUUUCUCCCACUUGUACCUGCAAUUGCAGCUUUUGGAACAACCCUUAUUCUCGCAUUCAAGAUGCGACAAUUUCCUUUCAACUUCAAAGAGACUUUGAAUAUCUUUGCUGCUGCAAUGAUCUGUCUCUCAUGUUACCUCAUGUACUUUGCAGGAUAUAGUUUUUCUAAGGAUUACUACAAAUCACUCCUUCGAACCAUAUUGUAUCUUGCCAGCAACCUCGCCUUUUUAUUUUGUAUCUUUCUACCUAAAACGAUAGUGCUGCUCAAACCAGAUGUUGACCUAGAGAUGGAGAGAGCAGAAGUAAGAAGUUCAGUAUGUACUUUUGCAAGUAUGCCUCCCAACUCAGGGAGAAAAACCAUUAAAAGGUGUGCUACAACAGCAUAAAGCUUUGCAGGGGACAUCAUUCAGCUGGUUUUGUGAUCAUUCCCAGGAUUGGGUAGCAUGGUAGGGAUAAAAUCUGUACCCACUGCACUGGGUAUCCACUUAAGACCACACAGAAAACAAAUGACUGUCUGACGUUUGUAAUACCUUUUAUAUUUACCUACGCAAACGAUCAUGAUUUUAUUUGAUGUGGCACCCAGUAUCAUAUAUAUAAUAUAUCUCCCAAAGAGAGUGCUUGCUGCGGUUUAGCAGGAGCAUCAUAAUUCGAACAAUUUAAAACAAUCACUGAGGAUUGGUAAUGUUUUCUACAUAUCAUGAAAUGAAUCAUUUGCC